AUGGCUGCGAUUGGAACUCUGGUCUUUUGUACCGACUGUGGUAACCUUUUGCCUACGACAAAAGGAACCCAACGAAAUGUCCUGCACUGCGAGUGCUGCGGCGCCGAAAAUCGAGAUACCGGCUCCAAGGUUACCGUCGCGCAAACGAAGCCCUCCGAUUUCCCUUCGUUUUUGAGACAAAAGUUGCAGUCGAGCGUCCAAGCUGUCGAGAAGCAUAACGUGCAAACCGAAAGCACUGCGUUCGAAACAUGCCCUAAGUGUGGUCGUGAAGAGGUCAAGUACACCACCGUGCAACUCCGCGGCGCCGACGAAGGUUCAACGGUCAUUUACAACUGUGAAUGCGGCAACUCGUGGCAUGAAAACAACUAG